AUGGCUCUCACACCCCGAAUGGAACCCUACGCCCGCCUCCGUUACCGUCUCUACGAAGCUCUCCUCCUUCUUUUCAUCAUCCGUCCCAUCGUCGGCCCACAUGUCGUCUCCCAGCUCGGAACUUACACCACGCAGGAUGUUCAAAGACGUUUCUUCAAAAACUUGGCAUUUCUCUGCGACUACAGAAAGGGAGGAAGAACUGCAACUGCCAUCGCCGUCGAGAACCGUUAUGACUGCUACGUCUUUUGGGUUGCUUCAAACGAGGGCGCUGGAGAUAAAGUAGUGGAUUUCCUUGAAGAUGUACUCAAGACCUUGCGCAUGUUUUGUGAACCGAUCAACGAACUGGAUCGCGCCACAGCGGAGGAGGCAUUGCUAGUUCGAUGUGCUGCGUUUGCCUCUGAUCGACUCCGACAGGAAGCUAGAAUUCUUCGUAAUUCUGCUAGAAAGUGCCGUCUUUCUCUGGAAGAUAGCGACGAGGAGAUCGAUGCCCGGGUUGUCAAGUGGCUCCAACAAUUUGAGAGUAUGUCUUCCCAUGCUACUCUGUGUCGGUCAGCAUACCGCUCGCGAAACGACGAGGAGAUGCAGCGCAUCGAGCAGCUCGGCCAAGAUACCGAAAACGACCUGCGUCCGGAAAAGCUUAUCGAGACGUUUCGUACAGUCAGACACAUGGUCGGCCGUCUAGCUGCCCGUAUCCGCAGUAUCAACCAGCUCCUCGAUGACUGUAACCGUAUGGAAGUACUUCUCAAAGCCUACCAAGUUGCGGCAGUCCAACGUCCCAUUAGCGCGCCAGUGCCAGAAGCGGAUGCGCACACAACGUUGCCACGUAUCCUGAACCGCAUUCUACCCGAGACAAAUGUCCAGCAUGAAUCGUGCCUGGACGUCCUUCAGCGACUGGAUACCCAAGUCAAAAUUGAAGACCAGAUCCAGGACAAGUUCAAAGAGGGUGCACUCGAGCCGUGCGUCCACGCAGAGGUCCAGAUGCUUCAUCAUUUCUAUGACAGCGGAAGGAGGUACUUUUCGAAUGACCGCUACGUCGCCUGCAGCAAGCCUGCGUGCGUUGGCUGUGAGUCUUAUGCCCGUCACCAUCCCGCUAGGGUCACUCUGCUUGACGCCCAUCAGAAGGUAUACCCAAAUUGGGGAAUCGUGAAUUUGGUGGGCGGAAAGCAGGACCCUGGCUGGAUCAAUCAGCGGAAGAUCAUCAACGAUGUUAUUGGGGACUUGAAGGCUAUGGUGAUUGAUCGGCUGGGCGAGCUACAUGCGACGACAAUGCAACGUCCGGACUCGUUUACGGAGAUUACUGCGUCUUUGGUUGGUGAAAGUGAAUCAGGGUCGGAGACGGAGGGAGCAGAUGAUAGUGACGCCGGCCCAUCUAGUGAAGUUUUCAGCUUGGACAGCGCUAUCGAACUACUGGAUCUUUCACCCGAGUCUCAAGGGGCGGUUCAGGUGGAAUAUGGAUCCGGGGACAUUGAAAAUCUCGAGAACGGUAGUACGCUCCAAAAUAACGAAGACGAAGAUGAAGAUAGCGGCGGUGCUCAGCUUUGA